AUGAUUUGCACCACACACAGAGGCUGGUGGGGCUUGUGAGUGUCAGAGCGAUCAAACACACUGGAUCAUCUUUCAUUCACUGUUGUGCUGCUGUAGUGGCAGCUCCUCUCAGCUCCUCUCAGUAGUGGGGACAGCAGAAACCUGAUCAGUGGUGGGUUUUGACGGGUGCCACAUCAUUGAAGAAAGACAAGGACCCGAGUCCUGCAAUGAUUAGAACUAGUGCUGCUUUUGAGGGACUUUCAGGUCAGGACAUGGACAGCAGGACUGCUAAUUUUUCACAAUCAAAAAAUAGGACUUAUGUUUAUCUGUGGACCAACAGGCAGUUUCAGCAGGAGCAGGUUGAAUGGGAUGAUGUGAAUAAACUUCUGCAGCAUCAUGGUUUUAAACCUGUGUACUUUGCCGAUCCUGUUGAGAAUAAGAACCUUUUAGAUUUAGUUCUGCUGGACAAAAAGUCAGCUGGUGAGAUCAGGACGACUCUGAGGACAAUGCUAACAGACUCUGAGAGGAGACAAGCCCUCAUCCAGGAGCUCAUCAAGUCCAACAACCAACUCAAAGAGGAGGUUCAGGAGCACAUGAGUCAAGCGGCUCAUCAGUCUCAGAGGGCCACAGAGCUCGAGGGGCUGCUGGACGAAGUGAAGGCCAGAGUCCAGGACCUGGAGGACCGCUACCUUGGCAAGGCCGUCCAGCAGCACAGCCAGACACAACAACUGCAGCAGGAGAAACAAGAUGCACAGAGACGGUGUCAGGUUUUGGAGCAGAAGCUCUCUAAGCAGAGGGAGGAAGCAGCCCAGAUUCAGAGGAAACUGUAUUUUACCAUCAAAGAAGAAGAACGACGAUUAGCUCGUCAGAGUCAGACAUUCCAGCACAUCUGCAAGAAAGUCAGCCAGCAAACAUCUGCAGCAGACCAACAGCUGCUGGAUGUGAUCGACUUCUACGAGACUAAAAUGACUCAGCUACUGGAUGAGCUCAGAUCUGUCAAAGGAGAAUCAGGAGAUCAAACAAGAAGUAAAACUUCCAGCAAUGCUACUCCGGCUUUCAAAACCAUUCUCAAGGCCUAUGAGAAACAGCAAAAGGAAAGCAAAGCUCAAAUAGAAGAGCUAAAGCAAGAGCUGGAAACAAGGCCCACACUGAAAGACGUGAAGUUCUACAAACACAAACUCCGCCGUUUGGAGGGAUUAAACAAACACAAUAACACGAGACCGCCAAAAGAGGACAACACAACUGACAUCCAGAGGUUGGAAGCUGGAAACAUCAGUGACCAAGACAGAGAAGCCACUAUGUGUGACCACUAUCAUCAUCUGUUGAACGAGAUCAGCGCCAUUCUGACCAAUCCCAACGCUCCACUACGACUGCACAGACCCUCCUCUGUUACUCUGAAGCCGGCUGAGUUUCAGGCUGUCCUCCCUACACUGGAGGCCUGGGCCCAACAGCUCCACCUGCUGAAGGACCUGCAACACAGUUUAAAUAAACUGACUGCCAGACUGAUGGUGGGGCAGCAGUGGGACGGUGGACGUCAUGCUGCAGAAGCUGUAAAGGUGGAGGACAUGAUGUUGCUAGUGGACACCAUGCUGGAAUACACCUCUACUGAUGAUCAGAAGUGUGCGCAGCAGGUGCUCAGAAGCCCCACUCGCUUCACUCUGGGCUCCAUGGUGUCUCACUUCCAAAAGCUGUUUGACGUGACCUCCCUCAGCGGGGUCUACCCACGUAUGAACGAGGUCUACACCAGGCUGGGAGAGAUGACCAACGCCAUGAGGAACCUCAGAGACGUUCUACAGCUAGACAGCAGGGUUCCUCCUGCUGAGGUGGUGAACACGGUGGCCAGACUGGUCUCCUCCUCUGAAGACACAACUGGGAUCCACAAUCUGCUGGGAGACGCCGACAUUGACAGUAUCAUCGUCAAGGUGAAGCAACACGAGGAGUUCUUUCCCGCCUUUUAUUCACUUAUUCUGGACAUUUUACACACUCUGGGAGGCAGCAGAGAUGGUGUCACCUCACAGCAGGAGUCAGUCGUCUGGACGACAUCCUUCCAGCUCUCAAGUCUUUGAAACAAACUGACAGCGACUGAAGUGUGUGCUGCAGGGUUUUAUUUUUUCAAUGUCAUGACUGUAGAGAGGGAUUUCUGGUUUUUAAGAAAUCAUCACAUGAUCAUGAUCCACAUGCGGGUAAAGCUAUAUUGACAUGACUGUUUUUUAUUGUGAAUAAUAACCAUAUCAGACACUCAUUGUAUCAGUACUGAAUCUGUUCUAACUUUUUGAUAUGAACGACUACAAUAAAACUAGCUGAAAAACUAA